AUUUCCACAUUGCUCGCGAAUGCAGUAUCAUGAUAGCCAAGGUUUAGUGGGCUUCAGCAUAGUUUCAAUGUUACUCCCAACAGAUGGCAGAGUUAGAAAUGGGUAUAUAUAUACCAUCCCCACUUCAAACCACACAACAGACUGUAAACCAUGGCCACAGUUUCGAACGGCAACGAGUACGAUUUCAUCAUCGUUGGCGGUGGCACCGCUGGCAAUGCGGUCGCUGGCCGUCUGGCUGAAAACCCGAACGUCCGUGUUCUCAUCGUCGAAGCUGGUAUUCCCAACCCAGACCAAGUCGAUGAAAUUACUACCCCCACCAAAGCCUUCGGGCUUCGAGGAAGCAAACACGACUGGGCCUACAAGUCGACCAUGAUCAAGCGCGACGACUACGAACGAAUCGAGAAACCAAACACGCGCGGAAAAGUGCUUGGUGGAAGCUCCUGUGCCAACUAUUUCACCUGGAUCCCCGGUUCCAAGCCCACGUUCGACGACUGGGAGGAGUUUGGCGGUUCAACCUGGAACUGGGACAGUUGCGUCGACUACCUUCGCAAGUGUGCAACCUAUCACGACGACGAGAAGCUGUACCCAGCCGAGCUAAGCAAGAUUGGCACCGGAGGCCCUGUGCAGAUUUCUCAUGCCGAGCUGGUUCCGGAGAUGCAGCCUUUCCGCGACGCACUCACCAAGGCGUGGACCUCCAAGGGCGAACCCCUGACCGAAGACAUUUACGAGGGUGAGAUGAGGGGUCUCACCCACUGCGUGGAUACCAUCUACAACGGUCAACGCCAGGGUAGCUUCUUGUAUCUGAAGAACAAGCCCAAUGUGACAAUUGUCUAUGGCGUCUAUUCGAAGGAGCUCAUCAUCGACUCGGCUACAAACACCUGCACUGGUGUGACCAUUUUCAACGAAGCCCUGAAUACGGAGAUCAGUGUCUACGCCAGUCGGGAGGUGAUCCUGUCCCAGGGUGUGUUUGAGACCCCCAAGCUGCUCAUGCUCAGUGGCGUUGGUCCGGCAGCUGAGUUGGCUCGACACGGCAUUGACGUCAAGGUGGACUCCCCUCACGUUGGCCAGCACCUUCUGGACCACCCGAUCGUGCCAUUUGUGCUUCAGAUCAAGGAUGGAUACGCCUUGGAUGAUCACAUCCUUCGAGCCGGCCCACUUAACGACAAGGCUGUGGCUGCCUACAAGCGUGACAAGAGCGGCCUCAUCGGUUCUGGGCUGUUGGAACUUGUUGGGUUUCCUCGCAUUGAUGAACGCUUAGAGAACCAUGAGGCUUAUCGCGCGGCCAAGGCUGCCAAUGGUGGCCAGGAUCCUUUUGGCCCUGCUGGUCAGCCCCACUUCGAGCUUGACUUUGUCGGCAUGUUCAGCACUGCCUUCCAGUGGCACUACCCGGUUCCUGAGGCGGGCAGCUACAUGACCGUUAUUGUUGACCUGUUGCGCCCUCUGUCCGAGGGUGAGGUUACUCUGAACAGUUCCAACGCUCUGGUGCAACCCAAUAUCAACCUCAACUUCUUCGGCAACGACCUUGAUAUCCUGGCGAUGCGCGAGGGUGUUCGCUGGACUUACGAUGUUUUGACCACCGGUGCGGGCUUCAAAGACAUCGUUGUCGCAGAGUACCCUUGGAAGAUGCCUCUCCAUUCCGACGAGGAGAUGGACAGGGCCGUGUUGGACAGAAGCCAGACUGGAUACCACCCUUGCGGAACUGCGCGUCUCUCCAAAAGUAUCCACCAGGGUGUGGUUGACUCCAAGCUGCGCGUGCAUGGGGUGAAGAAUCUUCGAAUUGCAGACGCUUCCGUCAUUCCAGUCAUUCCCGAUUGCCGUAUUCAGAACUCGGUCUAUAUGAUUGGCGAGAAGGGUGCUGAUAUUAUCAAGGCUGCUCACAAGGAUCUCUAUGAGGCAAAAAAUGUUCCUUACUUUAUUUCCAGCAGGCUGUGAUCCAGGUCUUCUCUUGUUAUCGGGAUCAAGAUUGUACGCCUAUACGAAGAUAACUAGAGUGUUGCAACUAGCUAGAAUGCUAGUAAUAGCUUGCUCUUACUUACAGCAGAAAAAGUCAUAUCCAAAUAGCUCCUUUAGGUUUAG